CAGACCGCGCUGGAGAGUUUGGAGCGCAGUGGCAUCUGAGGCCUGUUCGGGGCAUCCUGCGAGCAACUGAGCUGCAAUGCCGCUCCUGCUGCUCCUGCUCUUCGGGGGACUUGUCCAGUGCGGGGCAAGCACAGGGGCAUCCCAGGGUGCAGGACCCCCUCAUCCAGCCACAGAAGAGCCCCCCUCCUUCCGCGUGCUGCAGACGUCCUCCUUUGCCAAUCUCAGCUGGGCGUACACGCAGGGCGCGGGCUGGCUGGGCGAGCUGCAGACGCAUGGCUGGGACAAUGUCCGGUACACCAUCCGCUUCCUGUGGCCCUGGUCCCGGGGGAACUUCAGCGCAGUGGAGCUAAAGAAUCUGCAGAGCCUGUUCACACUGUAUUUCCACGGUUUCACCAUCGAAGUGCAGGCCUUUGCACGUUAUUUUCAGUUUGAAUACCCCUUCGAGCUCCAGAUGUCAGCCGGCUGUAGACUGCAUGCUGGGAAGGCCUCGGAAAGCUUCUUGAAUGGAGCGUAUCAAGGCUCAGAUUUUCUGAGUUUCCAAGGAAACUCCUGGUACCCAUCUCCAGGAGCGGGGAGUCGGGCUCGGAAGGUCUGUGAGAUGCUCAACAGGUACCAAGAUAUUAAGGAAAUCGUGAAGAGCCUCAUCGGCCAUAUCUGCCCUCAGUUCCUGGCGGGGAUCCUUGAAGCAGGAAAAGCAGAGCUGGGGCGACAAGUGCGACCCGAGGCCUGGCUGUCUGCUGAUCCCAGCCCCGGGCCUGGCCGGCUGCGGCUGGUGUGCCACGUCUCCGGCUUCCACCCCAAGCCUGUGCGAGUGACGUGGAUGCGGGGCGAGCAGGAGCAGCGGGGCACCCGGCGAGGCGACGUCCUGCCCCAUGCUGAUGGCACGUGGUAUCUCCGAGCGACCCUGGACGUGGCAGCCCGGGAGGUGGCUGGCCUGUCCUGCCGGGUGAAGCACAGCAGUCUAGGGGGCCAGGACAUGGUCCUCCACUGGGGAGGUGGAAACUCAGCCCUGCUGACCCUCAGCGGCCUGGCAGCCGUGGUCACCCUGCUCGUGCUGCCCGUGGUGCACGCCUGCUGUAAAAAGCGCAGCUCAAAUCGGAAGGCCCCUGCACCCAGUCCUGACUCACCCACGGGGACCAACAUCCACAAGCCCAGGACGUCUGGACACCAGCUCUACACGCCACAGGAAUCAUGGGUCAAAAAUAGAUUUUUAGAGAAAUUGAAAGCAAGCCUAAAUCGACUCUGGCGACGUUAGUUUUACGUAACACGUGAAAUCCUUUUCUGCCUCUUCUUAAACAUGGUUCAUACCUAGAAACAAAGCAUAAUUUCGAUAAAACACCCUAUUGUGACAGUAAUCUUCACCCCUUUGGACACUUGUUUUAUUUCCACCCCCCCUUUUUCUAGUAAUAUCUUUUCUGCACUGGCCACAAAUUUAUUGCUAUUGAUCUUUCAAUCUCUAAUUCAUAUGCUUCUUUCUCAUGGAAGCUUCCCUGGAUUGCCUGGUUGAAAGCUCUUCUGUUCUUCCAAAAUUGGAUGGAUCAUUCUAAAUACCCUCAUCUCUUCCUACUCUGAACAGUUGUUAUUUAGAUUUUUGCUUUUCUGUUUUUUCUCUGUUGCUUGAAGCCGGAUGUCGGUGUUUGUAUUUGCACCUAUGACCAAAAGCCUAACCUGGAUUCAGGGCCAGCUUCAUGGGCAUGUGAUCUCUGCAGGUCACUGUCUCCAAAUCCUCACUAACACUGGGAGAUACUGUGUUUUCCUGAAUUUUGUAUUUGCUCCACAAAUUAUGUAGCUGGUUCAGAGGAAGAUGUUUCUCAGUAAAUGCUGA